GAGAGAACGAAUGCGAAUGUACGAGUAUGUUGUAAUCAGACAAACAAUUUUAUCUACCACUAUUGUUCAGACAAGGCUUUGACUUUCGUCUUAACGGCGGACGUCCUUGUCGUGCGUGCGUGUAUAUUAUUUUUUCAAACGCAAUGUACCGUUAAAACGUCCUGUGCACAGAAAAAAAAGAAAAAAUACAUUAAUAAAAAAUAGAAAAAAAUUAAGAAAUUUAUAUAAAACUUAAAUGGAAAUAUGUAAAUCUAGUUAUACUUUUAAAUAAAAAUAAAUUUAAACAAGUUUUGUUAAUAAAAUAAAGCUUUAAAAAGUGUUUAAACAAAUUGCUUUAAAAAUAGUUUGAAAAAGUAAAAGAAGAACGUAGAAGAAAAAGCAGCAGCGCUAUCGCCAGCACAAGCAGCUCUGCUGAAAAUUAAAAGUGCACUACUAAUCAGAAAUUCUCUAACAAAACCAAAAUAAAGCACAAGCAGCAACAGCAGCAACAACAAAAUAUACAAACAACCAAACUGAAAUUAUCAUCUUUAACUAACAACCCAAAAGUAUAAAAAAAGAAAACUUAAGCAAAAAAAAAAAGAAGAAAAAUAAUAAUAAAAAAGUUCAAAUUCGACAAUUCAACAAAAAAAUUCUCUACUUAUUCUAUGCACACUUGUUUGGAUUCGGUUUUAUAUUUUUACCAGCACUAAUGCCGGUGAUUCAGUGGUUUAAUACAAUUAAUUUUACAGGUUUCGAAACAAACUGUCUUCUAACUUGAAGGAACUAAUACUUAAGCAAAAACAAACCCAACUACAACUACAAAGUAACCAACCUAUACUUAAUUUUUGUGGAAUUUGGUGUUUUAAUUUUACUGGGUAAUGACACAUAAUGGCUGGUAGCCUUCAAAGGCCACCCUUCGAAAUUAUUCCUACAUAUAAAUGCAGCACAUCUAAAUAUAAAUCAAUAAUAAAAUACCAAAAACUACGUUCCCAACGUUCGAAAGGGAGUCAGCACAACUGGACCAGCCACCAAAACCCACAGCAAUUACAUCAACUGUUAAAACAGUUGAAAUAUUGUCAAAGUUUGUCUUUGGAUAAGUUGCUCCUGUUGUUGCCCUCGUCGUUGUCAUCAUUCUCUAAUGACAGUUGUUGGACAGCAACUGAAAACAAAAAGUAUCAUACAAAUUUAGCAACCACUACAACAGCAAUAAACUAUGUACAACAACAAGUACAACAACAGCACAAAAAACAGCAACAAUUGCAUCUACAAUUAUUACAAAUUCUCAACAAAGUUUUUAAAUCAUCAAAGUUUCGUAAAAAUUUGCUAAAUCGCAAAAAAUUUCAACUAAAGGAAAUACUAUUCUAUAAAAAAAAUCAAUUGUAUGGGAAAUAGUUUUGAUUUAUCACACACUCACACACACCAAUUAUAGUUUCGCCCAAAUCCCAAUACCAAACUAACAAACGAACAUCAAUUAAAGUGUCCACCAAAUGCCUGAUGUUCUUUUGGAGAAGCCAGCUGAGAAAUUUGAGUGCAAGUAGACGAUCAGUCUACCAAAGAAAUAAUGUAAACAAGUACAACGACCCAAGCAAAGAGUUAAUUAACUGAAGACAAAUAAAAGUGUUGCAGCACAACAAAAAACAGGUGAAACAAGAAACUUUACUUUAAUUCGAAAGAUCAUCCAGAGGGGGAAAAAUGAAACAUUCAAAUAUUUUUAUACACAAAGACAUGAUGGAAUUUGGUUAAUAAGUAUGAAUUUUUGUUUGCCAACAAAAGAGUUAUAACAAAACUAAAACAUUACAGUAGAUUUUAUAAAAACACAAAACUCUCAACUAUCUUCUUUAAAAUAUAAAAAAGCAACUCUUAAACUCCCAGCAUUAAAAAGUAAAAACAAACUCCCAACUAUACAAAACUAAAAAUUUAAGAAAAACAAAAUUAUCUAAAGAUCACUAGCAUCUUAUAAAACUUGAAAACUGACUUAAAAAAAAAAACAAAACUUUUCCUAAACAAACACCAACAAACCAGGAAACGCGACAAAUUUCCGCAGACAUUUGAUUUAGAAACUUGACAAAACGAGUGCCACAUUGGGUCACUCAGGGCGGCGAAGGCAACGGCGCUCAUUGAUAAACGUGCUGGGGCCAUGGAGCCGCCUGGCGGUGUACCGCCAGAUAGAGAUCGUCAAUUGGUUUUAAAACAGAUGGUAACAUUUCAUGAACGUCCCGAGGGUAGUUUAUGUGGCAGAGCCAUAACGACCACAGCACAACAACCCAAUCCAGCGUUUGCUUCGACAGCAACCACUUACUCGGCAACAACACAAGCGGCCACGGCAUUUAGUGGCAGCUCCAUUGGUCAUGCCUUGGUGAAACAUCAUGGGACAACAAAUCCUCUGCCAGGACAACAGCAGCAACAAUCAAAUUCUUCGGGUUCUUCGCCUUCGCAACAUGGCAGUACAACAAGCAGCAGCAGUAGUAGUUCAACCACACUACAGUCAGCAACAUCGGCCGGCAGUGCGACAAGUCAACAGCAAACGCUAGAGAAGCUAUCGAGGCCCAUGGCAUUUGAUAAGAUGGAAGCUCUUGUACGUGAAAUGCAGGAUCCCGAGCAUGGUGUGCCAGUAAGGCAACAAAAAAUGUUUCUUACUUCUAUACCUUAUGCUUUUAUGGGCUACGAUCUCAUUGAAUGGCUUAUGGAUCGCUUGUUAAUUGAAGAAUCGGAGGCCUUGAAUAUUGCCAAUCAAUUAUGUCUUCAUGGCUACUUUUUCCCCGUCAACGAUUCAAAAACUCUAACUGUCAAAGAUGAUUCUUCACUCUAUCGCUUUCAAACACCCUACUAUUGGCCUUGGCAACACAAGGCUCCCGAUAAUGUGGAGUAUGCCAUUUAUUUGGUUAAACGUUCUUUGCGCAACAAGCAACGCCAUGCCUUGGAGGACUAUGAGGUAGAAGCUUUGGCUUCGCUGCACAAGAAUCUAAAGGGUAAAUGGGAAAUUAUAUCCAUGCAGGCGGAGGAGCAGGUACGUUUGGCUAAAGAACGCAAGAAGGGAGACAAAAUUGUGGGUGAUUCUCAAGAGAGAGCCUAUUGGCGGGUACAUCGUCCACCACCGGGACAAUUUACACCCUUGGAACCAUGUCCCGUACCCUCGAGAGACCGGCAGGGUAGCAAGCAGAAUAAAAAGAAGAGCGUAGAUGAUGUGCAAAGGGAGGUGGACUACUUGAAGAAAUCUCUGAAUCGUACACGCAUGAAAAUGUCUCAGGCCUGCGAAUCAUUGGUGCUUUAUUCGGAAACAUUUUCGGAAUAUGAUUUCUUCUUGCAACCAGUAUUACCCUCGAAUCCUUGGGUUACUGAGGAUGUCACCUUCUGGCAAUUGAACAACACUUUCGUGGACAUACCCACUGAGAAGAGAGUUAAGCGCUGGGCUAUUUCUAUUGAGGAAUUGGUAUCGGAUCCAACGGGUUUGCAGGAAUUUACCACAUUUUUGGAAAAAGAAUACUCUCAUGAAAACAUACGCUUCUGGAUAGCGGUCAACCGCUUAAGAAGAUCUGCCCAUUCACAGGUAUCCAGAAAAGUGCAAGAGAUUUAUGAGGAGUUUCUUAAGCCUGGUGCUCCCUGUGAGAUCAAUAUAGAUGGCAAGACCAUGGAGAGUGUUUUAAAGGGUUUAAAGAAUCCCUCCCGUUUUACUUUUGAUGCUGCCUCCGAACAUAUUUAUAUGCUGCUGUUGAAAAAGGAUUGUUAUCCGCGUUUCAUACGUUCGGAACAUUAUAAACGUUUGUUGGAGACGGGCAUACAGCCGGCCCACAAGAAACGUUUCUUUAAUUUCGGUGGUGUCAGUGGUGCCAAAAAGAAAAUGACUGCCGCUUUGUCCAGCCAACCCAAUCUGGGUGGCAACGAGAGUUCCAGCAAAAGUGCCAUGUCCUCCGGUAAUACCUUCAUUAUGACAAAUGCUCCGCCACCGGGUAGUUUGGCUAGGCGACGCGGCAGUGAUCGCAGUCUCAGUGGUUCGGCUCAUGAGUUGGCGGUGAUAGGUGUCAAUAAAGACAACUCUUCCAAGGUGCCUCACUCACAUUCGCAAAGUAAUCUCAGUGAGAUACCCUACAGUAGUGAAAGUAUUUAUCGGGGUGACAUGCCUCCGCCACAAGAAUCUCAAGAGCCCAUUUGUUGUGUUGUGAAUACGCGUUGUACACAAAAGGACUAUGGAAAUCUCAAUAGUAGUUUAACCUCCUCACACCAAGAUACACCCAAAUCGAAAGCAGCACGUUUAGAGACCACCGUAGAAACGGGUGGUAGCAGUGCUGUCUGCCCUUGGGAUAUUCCCGACGAUGUGCCACCAACUACACAAGCUCCCAAGCCAGCAAAUCUAACAACACCAGUGAAAUUGUCCGUAUGUCCCUGGGAACAAGAGGCCGAUCCAGUGCCAGCCAUCAAAACAAGUGCACAAAGAUUAACUAGUACUUCUUCGGAUAAUACAGAAGUAUCGGAACGUUUGCAACGUAAUUUGGUAAUGCGUCAUCAAAAUACUGUGGAUAGUGGUGAAGCUGGCAUGAAACGUUUAAUACCAAAUUUCACAGAACAACGAAGAGCCUCAGUGUCUUUUACACCGGGUCGCAUUUCAGAGUUUCCGGCAGGACGACCGUCCACUUCUACUAAAACUUCUACAACACCUUCACCUACGGUGGGCCUAAAACAAGGCGCAUUUCCAGCUUUAUUCGCUCCCUUGCAGGGUGCCCAGUAUGCCACAGCUGCGGUAGCUGCCUUGGGCAAUGUUAUGACUACCACCAAUAUCGUAACCAAAGAUCCGCCCUCUUUCUCCGAUGCUGAAGUGGAAGAGGAAUUGAAUAAACUAUCGUUAUCGGAGCGUAACAGUGAAUCUUCGGCCUCAGAAUUGCCAGUACUGCCGACACCAAAUCCAACGCCAACACCACCUCCAGCUACCAAAGUUACACCACCACCGGUGGAAGAGCAAAUUCUCGUUACAACUGAGACCCAGACACAACCCAUUUUAUUGGAGAGCGAGAGUCCUCGAGAAAGUUCAGCGAGUGAGUCCUCACUGGCCAAUGAGGGUGUGGAGAAUAAUAACGCCACCGAGGGAGAUUUUGAGGCGGAGGUAGAUUCCGAAAUCCAAGAAGUACAAAUUGAAUUGAUAGAGUCUUCGAGUGGCUAUGAAAAGUUGUGUGAAAGUCAGGAGGAAGUUGAGGUCUCACCACCUACCAUACAAAUUGAAGGGGAGGUGCAGGAACAAGAGUUAGAAAAACCCACUAUAGACGAAGCUAUGCUUAGCGAGGAAGUAGACGAGGCAACUAAAGAUGCUAUAUCCAAAAGUCCAUCUACAGAAGUGGCCAUUUCAGCUAAACCCAGUCCUGAGACCGAAGUUGAAAUUACUCUUACCGAAAGGCCAAAUUCAGCUUGUGAGCAUGAGGAAUCUCCUGACAAGGAUCCAAACGAUGAAGAAGAAGAGGGUGAUGAAGUUUCCACAUCUCCUACAAAACCUGCAGAUGCCUAUAGCACCCAUGAAGAACUUUCACCCACCACCGAUGAAUAUCAGGAAGGUUUACAAUUCGGCGACGAUGAUAAAGAUGAUUACGAUAUUGCUGAUUCUGAAUCAAAUGUGGGCUAUAUACCACCAGCACCCACACCAGCUCCAUCCAUGGCCCCACUGGCGGAAAUGGACACCGAUACGGUGGAUGAUGAGUGCAGUGAAGAGUGUAAGCCCAAGGAGAGUCCACAAGCUGAAAAAUCUGCCAAAUUACCCGUAUGCAGUAUUCCGAAAUGCACCACCGAAGAAGUGAAAAAGAAACGUAAAAAGCGCCACCUCGAAUCCAAAAAAUCAGCCUCAGCUGAGGAGAAGGAUAAAGCGACUACAUCGACAGCAGUAACAAGUGCUGUAGUGGCUACAACGGCGGCUGGGAUUGGUAGUGGUAGCGUUGGAAGUGGUUUUAAAGAAAGUAGUGCCAAAACUGAGGCGGACAUAACAACUGUUUGCCCCUGGGAAGAUGAAAAUGUUACCACCAGCGAUGGUACUUUUACCAAAACUUAUGCCACCCUAGGGUAUUUAUGAAUAAAACCCAAUCUAUUUCGUUCUGUGGUCAAUAAACUAUUAAAACGUAAAACUUACAAAAAAUGACACAAAAAACAACUUAUUAUCUAUGCUAAAAACUAACUAAAAACAUGAAAAAAAAUAUAUAACAACUCUUAGGUUUAUCAUAAUAGUUUCUUGAAAACAAGAAAAUAUUUAUAAAAAAAAUAUAUAUAUAGAGAUACUUAACUUCAAGAAGAAGGCUAUAACUUAAAAUUUAGAACUUAGUAUGUGGCAAAAACC